CUGCUACAUGAAGCCGCUACGUAGCGCUACGUAGCGCUAACUUCGGCUAAACACACCCACUGAUCGGACACGCGAGUUCACAGCCUCUAGCUUUAUCAAAACAGGAAUAAGUAGAAAUAAGUAAUUUGUGGUUAUGACAGUGAUUUAAAACGAAAGUUAUUCUUUCUAAAAAAAAGGCGACAGCAAGAAGAGAGACUAAUAUCUGUUAUAAUCAAUCAUCUGUAGGUGGAAAUGGCAUCUGAUAGUCAACUUCAACAAAAUGAAACUAUGCCAAAGGUUGAUGUGACAAAAGAUACAGAAAAACUCAGGCCUACAGAUAUAGUUUACAUGAAACGUCUGGAGGAACAAAACAGACAAAGAGCAAGUAGAGUACUGAGAUAUCGCAGAGCUAAUAACAUUACUGCUAUUACCUUGGGUCUUACCGUCAUUGGGAUUUACUCCUAUACAAUAUAUUCUGUUAAGCAGGAAAAAUUCUUAGAUGAUUUUGAAAUCCCAGAGAAAGUUAAGAAAGAAUAAAGCAUCUUACU